GUACACGGGCAGGGCUGACAGGGACAGCUGAGCAGAAAGGUGCUUGGAAAGAACAACCUUACACUGAAUGCUGUCCUGUGAUCAGUGCUUCCACCAUCUGUUAGACUCACACGCUCUGCCUUGCAUGGCCUGACCCACACAGAAAAAUAAACCAGCACAAUGGAAGUUAUUGCAUUCCCCAUGGGCAACAGCCCAAACCGCCUGUACAGUGCCCUGGCCCCGACCUUGAGCAGUGCCCCUCUGUCUCAGCACAUCCCAGCCAAACUGGACCAGGAACAGGACCUGGAUCCCGCAGACCCCGUAGAGCUUCUCAGGGAGUGUGAGGAGGUUCUACGGACCCGACCGGCCCGUCUGCACAGAGCUUUUGUCUGCCAGAAUGGCAGCGGUGACCAUCGGCAACAGCCAAUACGGGUCAUGCAGUGGAACAUCCUAGCCCAAGCUCUAGGUGAAGGCAUGGACAGUUUUGUGCGCUGCCCCCUGGAGGCCCUGAAGUGGAACGAGAGGAAGUACCUGAUCCUGGAGGAGAUCCUCACCUACCAGCCCGACAUCCUCUGCCUGCAGGAGGUGGACCACUACUUCGACACCUUCCGGCCUGUCCUGUCGCGCCUUGGCUACCACAGCAGCUUCUGCCCCAAGCCCUGGUCCGCCUGCCUGGAUGUGGCCAACAACAACGGCCCAGACGGCUGCGCCCUCUUCUUCCGGCACAAGCGCUUCCAACUGCUGGGGACCACCCACCUGCAGUUGGCUGCAAAGAUGCUUGAGACCAACCAGGUGGCCAUCGUCAGCACGCUGCGUUGCCGGGCAACGGGGCGCGCCCUCUGUGUAGCUGUGACACACCUGAAGGCGCGGAGUGGCUGGGAGAGGUUGCGCAGUGCCCAGGGGAGCGACCUGCUCCGCAACCUGCAGAACAUCACCCAGGAGGCAGGAAGGGCAGCAGCGGCAGCGCCGGGCGAGGGGGAGCCAGGGGUGGGCAUGGGCGUGCCACUGCUGGUGUGCGGGGACUUCAACGCUGAGCCUUCGGAGGAUGUGUACUGUCGUUUCGCCACCUCCAGCUUGGGCUUGGACAGUGCCUACAAGCGCCUGAGCUCGGAUGGCCAGACUGAGCCGCCCUACACCACCUGGAAGAUUCGGCCCAGCGGAGAGAGCUGCCACACGCUGGACUACAUUUGGUACUCGCACCAGCACCUGAACGUGGACACUGUGCUGGACUUCCCCACUGCUGAGCAGAUUGGACCUGACCGCCUGCCCUCCUACAAUUACCCAUCCGACCACCUCUCACUAGUGUGUGACUUCAGCUUCUGUGAUUCACCUGAGUGAAGAAAGAAAAGUGGCCCAGGACUGGGUAUGACUGACCAUGAGUGUGGUCAGGUACCCUAGGUCAAUAAUUAAUAUAUAAAUGGCACCUGUAGUUCAGCGGUUAUUAACAAUGGCUGCCAUGAGUAUUCCUAAAGUUAUAACUUUAGGAGAUCCUUACAAAAUGAUUCAUCUCUUCCCACUAACCUUGAACACUCAACAACUGAAGGAUGUACAGUACCAGUCAAAAGUUUGGACACACC